CUGUCAGAUUUCCGUCUAAGGACAGUCCAUCUCGAAAUGUUGUCUAAAUUGGGUUGUCUGCUACUUGUUCUCUGGUUUGGGAACAGCCUUUGUUCAAGCCAGGAUGAUCUGCCAGAGAUAGAUACGCCUUUGGGAAGAGUUCGAGGAUAUUGGAAGACUUUGGAUGGUAUAACAUAUGCUGCAUUUGAGGGAAUUCCAUUCGCAAAACCACCAGUGGGACAUCUUAGGUUUGAGGAACCUGAACCCAUUCCAGCUUGGUCAGGGACUUUGGUGGCCAACGUUACUUAUACAUGUCUCCAAGUUCAAGUACUGGCCUCUAUUCAAAAAGAAUCUGGAGACGAAGAUUGUCUGUACAUAAACGUGUACAUCCCUGAAGAUUCCGUGAAGAACCCCAAGGCCCUUGACGUUAUAGUUUCAAUCCACGGAGGUGGUUUUAUAUCAGGCAGCGGAACGGAAUUUGAUACUUUCCUAGACAAGGAGGCCGUACUUGUAUCUUUUAAUUACCGUCUUGGUAUUCUAGGAUUCCUUAGCACGGAAGAUCACGUCAUACCCGGAAACAACGGCAUGAAGGACCAAGUCUUAGCACUCGAGUGGGUCCGGGACAACAUCGCUUCGUUUGGGGGAAACCCCCACUCCGUUACCAUAGUGGGCCUGUCAGCGGGAGGCGCCAGCGUCCACCUCCACUAUUUCUCUCCCCUCUCUAAAGGUUUAUUCAUUAAAGGGAUCUCUCAAAGCGGUACAGCUCUGGGCCCGUGGGUAACGAAAAAAAAUGCUUUGCAGAACGCUAAGAAGCUUGCUGUGUUGUUGGGCUGUCCUGACAGCCCCUCUGAAGAACUGAAGAAGUGCCUUAAGCAGAAACCUGCAAAAAAUUUGGUAGAGCAAAUCAAAUAUUUCUAUGGUUAUGACAUCACGCCAAUCGCGCCUUUUGCGCCAGUUGUGGAAAAAGGAUCAAAGAACGCUUUUCUAGACGCGAAACCUUACCAGCUUUUGAAGGAAGGUAAAGUCCACGAUGUGCCUUGGAUUACCUCCUACACUACUGGUGAAGGAUUGCUUCUUACAGGAGUUCUUUGGCAAAAGUUGGAUGAGGUAGACGAAAAGUGGGUAGAAAUAUUGCCCUAUCUGCUAGAUUGCAACGAGACUUUACCUGUAUCAGAGAGAGAAACAGUAGCGAAGGAACUUUUAGAUUACUAUUUGGGACCAGGAGAAAAAAUCAGUAAAAAUAACUAUGUAGAAUUUACACAGAUUCUCACUGACAGAUUGUUCGGUGUUCCUGCAGAAUUAUCAGUUAAACUACAAGCCAAUGUAACGAAAUCUCCAGUAUAUCUCUACAUAUUCAAUUACACCGAUGGUGCAACCAAACUGGUGCAAAUCAUAUCGGGAACAGAUGAAAUAGAAGGUGUGUGUCACGGUGAAGAUUUUAUGUACUUCUAUACAAACCAGCAAACUUUAUCGGGACAGGAUAAACGCUUGGGUAUUGCUUGCCAGAAUAUGUUGUACUCAUUUGCCAGCAGCUGUAAUCCUUCUUUCGAUGGGACAGACGUUUGGCAACCAACAGGUGCUGAAGAUCUGACUUACUUGGUUGUAAAUGGACCAGAAGACAUGAAGCUGCACAAGAGCGAACACCUGGCACCAGUUGAGUUUUGGACCAAGCUGGGGUUCCUGGAUUAUGAAAAUCUUAUUGUAAAAAAUUAAGUGUAGAUUUCUCAUAGCUUCUUUAUGUGAAUUAUAAAUAUGUCCUACAAGAUAAAAAAUUGUUUGAUUUCA